CCUUCCGCAGGGCCUGCCGCUGCCGCCGGCCUUGGGGCAGCCAUGUCUGAGAGCAAAGAGCCUGCCGGGAAUGCCACCGGCACCCGGGUCGUGAAGGUGACUGUCAAGACCCUCAAGCGCAAGGAGCAAUUUGAGGUGGCCGAAAGCACGGUUGUGCGUGAUUUCAAGAAGAUCGUCUCCGAGCGCUUUGAGGCCUCCUCCGAGCAGCUGUCGCUGAUCUUCGCCGGCGAGAUCCUCAAGGACCAGAGCACACUGCUGCAGCACAAGAUUGGAGACGGGUCCAAAGUCCACCUCUUCAUCACGUCUCAGAGGAGACCUCCGGGGAAUCCGGAGCUGCUGCUGGGGAACGAUGCCGCCACUGCCUUCCUGUGCGGGCCCCCCGCCAACGCGUCCCUCCCCGGCGAGCGCCCGUCGGGACCAAGCCUGGCACUGUCGGAGUGGAGCGGCCAGCCGGAAGAGCUGAUGGCCUCCUGCCACGAGCUGGUCGCCCAGAUGGUGGAGAACCUCCUUCUCCAGAUCAUCACCCUCAACCUGGAUGCCUCCGCUCUGAACAGCAACCCGCUCCUCCUGGGCUUCCUCGUCGGGGUCACGGGCAUGACCGUUCUGGGCCUCAACGUCGCAGAUGUGUCUGAUUUCGUGCAUGAAGCCCCGGAGCAGGUCGUGACCCGGCAGGAGCUGCUCAGUGAGGCCAUGAACCACCCGCUUGUGCAGAACCUGUUCGGCGACACAGAGCAGGUGCGGCAGAUGCUCCUGUCCGUUCCUCAGAUGCGGCAGCUGGCGGAGCAGAACCCGGAGAUCCACCACAUCCUGAACAACGCCGAGUUCCUGCGGGAGAUGGUCGACGUGGCCACCAGCCCGGCCGCCCUGGACGAGAUCAUCCGGAGCCACGACCGCGCCCUGAGCAACCUGGAGAGCAUCCCGGGCGGCUACAGCGCCCUGCAGCAGCUCUACAGUGACAUCGAGGCCCCCGUGCUGGACGCCGUGCAGGCCCAGCUCCAGGGCCACCCCUUCGCCCCGCCGGAGGACAAGCCGUCCUUGGGCGGGGCCAGCCCCCUGGCCCGGACCGAGAACCGGGAGCCCCUGCCCAACCCGUGGGCUCCCCCGGCCAACAGCGGCGGGGACACCGUGUGCGGCGCCGACGGCGGCCCCAGCCCCGCCAUUGGGCAGGGCUACGUCCUGCUGGCCUUGGGUCCCGGACUUCGGCCGGGGCCCAGCAAGUCCGAAAACGUCCAAGCCAUGGUCCACCAGCUCACGGAGAACCUGGAGUUCAUGCAGAGUGUGUCGGCGGCGCUCUCACGGCCCGACGGCCCCACGCAGGCUUUCCUGAGCCACCGCGGCUCCUCUGCGGGCCACGAGGGCCCCCAGCCGCCAGGGUGGGUGCAGCGGCUCCCCCCCGAGCUGGCCAGGUCGGAGGCCGCGGCACUGCUGACCAACCCGCGGGCCGUCCGGGCCCUGCUGCAGCUGCAGAUGAGCCUGCUGACCCUCGCCAGGGAAGUGCCGGACUUCCUGCAGGCCUUGGCGGACCCGGAGGCCGACCCCGAGAGCAUGGAGGACUCCGACGAGGGGGGCAGCCCCCUGUCGGAGGCCGGGAGCCUGGAGCUGGAGAGCAGCGGAUCCAGGACGGGCGAGGAAGAAGCCGAGGAGGCCAUCGACGUGCACAUGGAGCAGCCCGCCCCCGCGGCCCUCUACCGCCUCCAGCUGGAGCAGCUCAGCGCGAUGGGCUUCCGGGACCCGCAGCGGAACCUGCAGGCCCUGAUAGACACGGAGGGCGACCUCGGCGCAGCGAUCGAAAGGCUAACGAACUUUCAUGCCUCCUAG